UCUCUCUGUCUCUCUCUGUGUCUCUCUGUGUCUCUCUGUCUCUCUGUGUCCUUGAUCAGUUGUUCAGUUGUUUAAUCUGCAUUUAGACUGAAACCGGAGGAGCUCGAGCGCAGGAGUGAUGAUGAAGUCUCAGGAGGGGGAGUUAAUGCGGGAGAUCUCAAAGCUGCAGAUGAUGGUUUUGGAGCUCAGGUCCGGUUUCUCUCGCGCUUUACUGGAGUUAAAUCAGAUUCAGCUUGGAGACACGGAGCUUCAGAACCAGCUAGAGGAGACGAGACAUGGCUGUAACAAACGCACCCUCCACCUGGAAACACUCGUUCUCACGCUUAAGGAGGAACUAGAAGAGAUUCGUUGUCAGAUUCGUCAGCUGUGUGAUGAGCAGGUGAAGUCAGAACAGACGAGCAGUAACACGGGAGUGCUGAGUGACAGUGUUCCAGGCUGUAGUGGGGUUAAGGAUCCUAGCAGCAGCACUAAUGGGACUAAAAAUGAUAAUGAGGUGACAGUAGCCCCACCCCUUUGCACAGUAGGUGGAGCUCUUCUGCUGCAUUGCUACCUGCAGGGCCUGUGGGCGGGGCAUAACUCAGGUGAAGUUUUCUUGCAUGUGAGACACGGAGGUGAUGGCGCUCCAAGCUGCACGCAGACAGGAAAACUUCAGCGUGUCCGUGUCUCACUGUUGAAGUCUGAGUGGGAUUAUAUCUCCAAACUCAACCUGCUUCAUGAGAAAUACAGAACCCCGUCCUCCAGUCACACGGAGACACAUAAGGUGUUCGUCAGACAUGCGAAUGAGAUGCUGCAGCGCCACCUGCUGUUCAAAAACAGUCUGCAGGAGAAGCUGAGCAAUGAUGAACAGAAUCGUGCGCUGGGAGAUGCUUUCCUGAAACUUACCACACACAACAAUUCAGCAUUUUGUGAUGCGUAUCUCGGAUACACCGGCGCAUUGGCAGCGAUCCUGACCACAGAGUUCAGCAGGGAUCCAACCGACAAGGCACAUAUCACACAGGAUGAAGGAGAAAAGUUCAGACUGCUCUCACUGCUCUUAGCACCUGUGACACGUCUACACACCUACCUGAACACUCUACAGGUGCUGCUGAGCUGCUCGAGUGGUGAACACUCAGACUGGCGCUCGCUACACAGCAGCAAUCAGGUGCUGCACAACCUUUACACACGAUGUCACAUGACCCUGGAGAGGACGGGGAGAUGGACAGAUGGGACAGGACAUUCAAAUGAGUGGGCGGAUCCAGCGAAUGGCCUCAGUAGCAGGUGUUGUGAGAGCCCCGAGUGCGCGCGCUCCGCCUUCACCAAAUACCGCGCCAACGGACAUCAAAGAGAACUGCAUUACCUCACAGUGCCACGUCCCCUAGUGACCCCUGCUGGAAUACUGCGGAACUCCCGUGAGCGUUUGUGCGAGCCUCAACCCCCUGCGGGCUGGACGGAGAGCUGCAAGUGGGAUUCCAGCGCUGUGGAGUGCUGUCCGAUUCCAGCGCGUCAUCCUCAGAACCUGUUUCUGAAUCCUGGAGCUCCAGGAGAACUUUCAGCUUCCAUCCCGACCCUGAAGUCGCCGUCAGGACUGGCCGAGCGUCUGUGCGGAUCCCCCGGUCCAGACGGUCGAGUGUGUCGCUCGGACAAUUACGCAUUGCCUCAGCGCAUCGACGACGCAGACACAGACGCAGACGUCGGAGACACUUCGGUGUUCGAUUACUCGUCUGUGACGACAUGCAGCCCAGACGACACGCUGGAACUUCGGGGACGAGACGAGGAUGAAGAGGAGGACGAAGAGGAGGACAGCGAGAUUCCCGUCUUGUUAAAGCCAUCCUACGCACACACUCACACACACCCCGGUGGGGCUUUGCAAAGGGAGGGGAGUGUGUGUACACGCUGGCAGAUUCCCCGCGCCGCACCUCUGCCUCCUGAAGUGUGUGUGUCGGGACUGUGGACGGCACGACGUACGGCUAAACACCGCCGCAAAAUCCCCAGUGGAGGCUUUCGGCCGAUUUGGGACGCGCCCUUUAAACAGGGGGACGGACCACCUGCAAAAGAGAACACCGUGUCCUUCAGCUCCACCAAUCAGAUCAUAAAUCCACAGAGGACCACAGACUCAUCAUCACGCUCUGCGUACAGAAGUGCGCGCGGUGGUGAAGAGGUCAGCCUUUGGAACGACAGUGAUGACAGCGAGGGUCCCUGCAGCAACGUCUAACACACACACACACACACACACACACACCAUGUGUACACAAACUCUCAUCUGAAACUAACCAAUGAUAAACCUCAAAAAUAAAUUGAUGAAUUUUCAUCGUCAGGACAUUUAUUGUCUCCGCCCCCUGAACCCAAUCACAUGGACUGCAAGAGCACUGUACCCAAAAUGCAUUGCUGCAAGCUCACGCUCUGCUUCAGGUGACUCAGUGGUGGAGUCCUCUUGGCUCUUGGUCCAGAGGCGGAAGUGUGUCUGUGGUUUUUGGAUAUAACCUGCAUGCCGUGUGUGUGUGUGUGUGAUAUUCACUUUAAUCCUUUGUUCUGUAGUUAAUAUCACUCCUGUACAUUCCUCCUCCUUUAUUCCGUUGAGUCGUCUUCUCCCCUUCCACACUUCCCCUGGGUCCUGACAUGUGGAUUCUCUCCUUUCUUUUCUUUAUUAUAUUCUGCCAUACUUUCUUUCUUUCCUGGCAGCGCUUCCUACCCCCUUUGCCCCCGGG